AUGGAUUUCCCGCAGUCUGUGGUGACGCGACUGCAGAAGCGAGUGAACAGUGCCACUAAAGACGAGUGCAUUGCAGCGCUGUAUAAGAACAAUAUGGAUGCCGUCGCCGCUCUCAAAGAACUCCAAUUGUCAGAACUCAUGAAAUUAGGUAUUUGUACCAAAUAUGAGUGCGAAAAGGCCCUAAUGGUAGCCAAUUAUGAUAUGGAAAUGGCAGCCUCUCACCUCUUGGAUCAGUUACCAGUCAAUCAAUACGUGGACAUCAUUUUCUUCACAUCACUCUUCAUAUCACUUCUCGUUUACUUAAUCCGCAAAAUAAGGAUACAAUGGUAUCCAAUGCAAGUGUUUUGCCAUUUCUGCCAUCAAAGACAAUAUGUCUUAUUUAGUCAAACAAAUGCAUUCAAUUGUGUCCAAUGUCUUCAAUACAACGGAUUCUCUCAGGACGGAAACUAUAAUAAAGUAAUUACCGGACAGUCGGAGGACACACAACAAACGGAUCGCCGCUUUUGUCGACCACUUCCCGAGUGCUACGCAAACUGUGGCCAACUUUGCGGCGAAUGUAAUGUAAAUCAAGAGAUUAAAGUCAAACUCUUGUCUGAAUUCUUGCCAUUCAAUGAAAAUAAAUAUAACGAAGAAUUGGAGGAAUAUAAGAGACAUUUGGAGAACGAGUACAAGAUAUGCGCCGAUUGUGAGGCGAAUGUGAGACAUAUUUUGUCGAAACCAAUCAAUUGCUUCAAAGGCUUUGUCAAAGAACUCAUUAAAAGGACUGUGAGUGUCAAUCGGGACACGGAUUCAGUGUUUGUCUCGCAAAGCAAUAUGCGAGCGAAGAAUUGGUUGCUAUUUAUUGUCAGACCUCUACUGGAAGUGUUAAUCAUAGGGCAAUCGUUAUUUCGUCUAAUAUUCCUCUUCUUGUGGACUCUUCUAGUGUUGAGUGAAUUCCCAAAAAUAAUCGAUAAUUACGACAAAGUCUUGUUUCGAGUCCUUAUAUCUACUCUUCUCGUCAUUCUUUUGACAAUCAAUUCUUUGUGUCUAUUGUUUGGCUUUAUUUACAAACGACUUAAGCAAACAAAAAGUGAGAAAAAGUCAUUUCAAAGUCCAAUGAAUAAUGGAUUGAAAGGAGUUUCCAAUAAAACACAGCCGAAGAAUACGAUCGUUAAGUCAAACGAUACGAGUGCUGACCAUUUGAUUGACGAACAAAUCAAAUCACUGUCUAUUGUUGACGGAAGUGCUCUGAAAUAUACGGAAUUAAAACCUAUUCAAAGACCGCAACCGAUGAGAAAUGAAACGCCAAAACCGAUUGAUUUGUCGGUUAAUUCACCGCUAGUUUAUGGUAACACUUACUCCAAGAAUAUUAUAGUUCCGGCAAAAUUCAAUUACGAGUCGAUCGCACAGACCUCUUGGGUCUCGCCAUUCAAAGCCAGUCAAAGUCCGUCUAAAAGUCCCCGAAAAGGAUACUUAAAUGACUCGCCGUAUCUGCAAAGCACUCAACAUUUGUUGAGAUCUUCGCAUUGGAUUAAUAACGAUAUGUUAGGUUUGGUGACUCCGCCCCCUUCUGUCACCCCCUCCGACACGAGUGAGUUUGCGUUCGCCAAUCGAUUCUCGUUAUUUAACAAAACAAACGGUUCCUCAACUCAUGUGAUGGACUACAGGAGCAAAGAAUACAACACUUCCAAAGAGACAAUUCUCAGGAAUACUAUUAUUAGUCAGCAAUACAUUAGACGCGAGUCUAGUUAUGGGAGCGAUAAUAAAGACACAGAUAGUAAUAUAAAUCUGUCCAUCGGUUCCACAAACGGGUUUUGGGAAUUCUAA